CAGCAGAAAGGAUCAAAAGGGCUCUUAUUACGGAUGUAUGCGUGGAACAACAACAAAAAAAUGAGCACUGUGUAAUAUUACAUUCACAGAAAUGUCACUACUCAAGAAGCCAGUCAUUCAGUUGUAACUAGGUGGACCUAUGUGCAAAAUAGUUCCCACGUGGUAUUUGGGUGAGCUGCAGAGCUCCAAUGAUUCAAAGCAGUGAGAAGUUCAAGUUCCAGUGCGACAGUGAAAGUUACGAGCUUACGAGGAGACAGUGAAGGUAGCAGCAUAACUCAUAAACAGCAGUCAGAGCAAAUCACGCAAACAACCCGCAACAUGUUUCCACUGUGCAGGAGCCUCGACAUGACUCGCAGUCUUAUUUCUCGGGCUUCAGCUGACUUCUUCUCUCUGCGAGCACGACAGUCUUUGUCUGUCAGGAAGUUUUCGGGCAAACGCUUCAAUGAGCCGCCGAGCGCCGAGUUCGUUGCUCGGGUGUCGGGGAUCCCCACCAUGGCCAAGCUGCCCUUCCAGGACACAGCUGACGGCCUCGAUGCGGCGUUUAUCGGCGUCCCGAUAGACACCGGGACCUCCAACAGACCUGGAGCCAGGUUCGGUCCCAGGCAGAUCAGAGUGGAAUCUGCCAUGCUGAGACUUUACAACAGCGGCACCAGGGCAGCGCCUUAUGAGUCCAUCAUGGUGGCCGAUAUUGGGGACGUCAAUGUGAACGUGUUCGACCUGAAGGACACCUGCAAACGCAUCAGGGAGACCUACAGGAAGGUCGUGGCUACCGGCUGUAUUCCUCUGACUAUGGGUGGCGAUCACACGAUUGCAUAUCCAAUCCUGCAAGCUGUCGCUGAGAAGUAUGGCCCAGUGGGUCUGAUCCACGUGGAUGCUCGCAGCAACAGUGAUACGGUUUUGGGGGAGAAGAUUGGACACGGGACUCCGUUCAGACGUUGCGUGGAGGAAGGGCUGCUGGACUGCAAGAGAGUGGUCCAGAUCGGCCUGCGUGGUACGGGCUACGCCCCCGAUUCGUACGAAUGGAGCCGGGCGCAGGGUUUCCGUGUGGUACAAGCGGAAGAGUGUUGGUACAAAUCUCUUGCACCUCUGAUGGCUGAGGUCAGGGCUCAGAUGGGCAGCGGUCCAGUAUAUCUCAGUUUCGACAUCGACGCUCUUGACCCGGGCUUUGCCCCCGGAACAGGCACACCAGAGAUAGCAGGGCUGACUCCCAUACAGGGAGUGGAGAUCGUUCGGGGCUGUCGUGGUCUAAACCUUGUUGGGUGUGAUCUAGUCGAGGUGUCUCCACCCUACGACACCACAGGGAACACUGCGCUGACUGGCGCCAACCUUCUUUAUGAAAUGCUGUGUGCCCUGCCCAAGGUUAAAUAUUAUUAAAGACCGCACACACGAGAACAGUUAGUCAAUAAAGAAUACCUUAAUGCCCAAUGAGCUGAAUAAACCAGUAAGCAAAACAAACUCUGCAUCAAUUACAACUUAAUGUUUUAAUCAAUAAACAGAUUGCAUUUUAUUACAGCUGUCAAAAUGAUAAAUGCAUAUUGACGACUGUACGUCAGCUACAGGAUUCUGAUAUUUUAUAUUUUUCUUACCUUUUUAAGUUACAUAAUCUCAGGAUCUAUAGAUGACAUGAUUAUGUACAAUGUUUACAACUCACAGCACCAACAAAAUCUGACUUUUGUAGUUCAUGACAAAGAAACGAAUAAAUAAAGCACACCAAGUUUCA